GUGAUAACUGGGUUGACAAUAUGCAGCAUAUCUGAUGGCUUUAUCUUUGGCCAGAUGUCUGGUAUGAUAGAUGCGUUAAGCUCAAAAGACUCUUCCAUUGAGUCGCUUACUGCUGACGAUAUAUCUUGGAUGGCAUCUUCAAUUAACAUACUGUGCGUGUUGGGCUUCCUGUUAACGGGAGUGUUAACGGAACUUCUUGGUCGGAGAAAGGCUAUCAGCAUCGUAAGCUUACCAGCCACGGCUUGCUGGGUUAUCAUCUACUUCACCCACGACAAAACGGUCCUGCUCCUUACGAGAAUCGUUAUUGGAGUGUGUUUCGGAGGUAUUCUUGUGUUGGUUUACAUAAGCAUUGCCGAGUACCGGCCCCCACAAAUCAGGCCGCUGUCUAUAACCCUCAUUGCGUGCGUUGGAUCCAUUGUGGGGACAGCAUUUGGACAUGUUUUGAGCAUUUUAAUGAAUUGGAGACACGUUGCACUUAUCGGUGCCAUUCCUUUUGGCCUAUCGUUUAUUCUGCCGUUCUUCUGGAUGGAGAGCCCCGCAUGGUUGGCAUCAAAGGGAAGAUUUGAGGAAAGCAAAGCAUCUUUCAACGCCUUACACAUUCAAAGCGAAGCGUCGGACAAUGAAUUGAGAUUAUUACUCGCAUACGAAAGGAAAAAACGUAGAGAGAUGUCAAUGAAUGCGCCGAAAGUUUUGUAUGGAAGAAAAAUUUGGGUAGCUGUGAGAAAAACUUAUUUUUGGAAGAUUUCUCUGCUCAGUACUGUGAUAUGCAUUUACAGGGUCGCAAGCGGUCGCAUUUUGUUCAGUACAUUGGCAAUCACAAUGCUGCAGGACAUCACAGGAACUUCAGACAUCCUCUUCUUCACGGUAGUUGUAGAUGGACUUUGUAUACUCGGUUCUGUAUUGUCUGGCUAUUUCUUGAGCCGGUUCAAAAUCCGUGGACUACUUUUCAUCUCCGGUGUCAUAGCUAAUGUGCUUAUGGUUAUACUUGCUGUGUGCCUCUAUUUUUUACCAAACAACGAUCCGUGUGCGUCUUGGGCUAAAGUUGCCAUUUUGAGUGCCUAUUUUGUAACUUGUUUAGCUGGACCGUAUCCUGUUUUGGAUACUGUCUUAUCGGAAAUAUUUCCUGUAGAUAUUAAAUCAUUUUUUCUUUCCGCUAUGGGAUUGAUUUCGGGCACAUUACAAUUUUCGAGUAUAAAGCUUGUGCCAGCAAUGUUAGCGGUUAUGGGAUACCAUGGCAUUUUUUGCUUUAAUGCUGCUAUCAUAUUUUUAUGUCUAUUGUACCUGUGGUAUAAUUUGCCAGAAACUAAAGGCAGAAGCCUGCACGAAAUCGAAUAUUAUUUUAAAAAUAAUACGUUUAACUACAAUAAAGAAUUGUUUACGUCAGAACAGAAUGAAUUGUUGAACAAAUAAUGAAUUCUAAUGAAAUGGAUAAUAAUAGUAAAUUUACGUAUAGUAUUAGACGUAAGUAAGCCAAAGCACGCGAGACCUGACCUUACUUUGGUCGCGUACUUUGUUAAUUUUUAUUGCUAAUUAAUAAUAAUUUAUAAGAUCUAUUAAUGUUUAAUAUUCUUAAUUAAGGACUUUUUCCAUCUAUUAUCUACAUCUAUUUCUCCAUGUAAAACUGUUUGUUUUUAAUUUUAAUUUUUAGCCUUAAUAGUAUUGAUAUCCUUUGGGUUUGAGCUUGCACCUCUUAUUUUUGUAUCUGCCCGUGGCACAAAACUUUACCUUUACUUUAAGUAAAAAAAACCUCAUAAAAUACUUUUCAAGAUAUGCUUUGAAAAUCAUGCCUGAAGAAAGCAAUACAGGAUGGGUAGUAAGUACCCAUCCUGUAUUGCUGAAAAACCAAGAAACUAACGGCUCCCUGCAACCCGCUUGAUGUCCUCAGUCUACCUAGUGGGGGGUCGACGAACCCUGCGCUUUCCGGUGCGGGGUCGCCAUUCCUGCACCUUGGGACAUUUCCAUCGGCUCGUCAAACUAUUGCCACUUCAGCUUCGCGACUCGCUCAGCUAUAUCAGGUACUUUUGUUCGUCAGCGGAUCUCCUCAUAUCUAAUGCGGUCUCGCAGAGAAACUCCAAGCAUAGCUCGCUCCUUGGCCCGCUGAGUGACUAUGAGCCUCCUUAUGAGAGCCACAGUUCAAUUGUGUAACUAGUAUUUUCGACAACUGUACCUACAUAUGCGUUUUUAUUAUAGGGUUUUUAUUGCAGUUUCUCUCAAUAAAAUCGUAUGUACAGUCGUCGAAAAUAUUAGUUACACAAAGAAAUUACUAAAAACUCUCGCCUUCUCGACAGGAAGAUUUAGUUUGCUUUCAAGUAAUAAAGUUUAAGAUUGAAUAAUUAUUAUAGAUAAUAUAGAUAAGCAGGUUUAAUUGGUUUAUUUUUAUUAAUACUUAUUGUGAUGCAUAUUUCUAUUCUGUUAUAAUCUAUAGGAAUUUAGUUUAUUAUUAAAAACUAGUUUUACAAGCGACUUGCU